CUAUUUAUUCAUAUUCUGUUGACGCAUAAAGACUCCAUCGCUCUGCCAAUGUUGUCGCCGUUUGAUUGACUGGCAACUGUUUAAAUCUUUAUCGAGGAAAACUUGCGGUUCAGAUCAAUUGACGUGAUGAAUUUCAAGGGAUACGACUUUGAAUUUGCAACCCGGUCUGGACCAGGGGGAGUCUUCACCUUCCCCGCUACACGACUCGCAGGGCGCGGGGCUACUGAAUCCCGCGAGAGACCUACCCGUAGUCUCUCGCUGGUACUUCCAGCCAACAAUCAAGGCAAACCCAUCACCGAAGAUGUUGCUGUCGCAUUACGGAAGCUCGUCCUAGGACAAUGUCCAGCCGUAGUACGUUGCGAAUUCUUCACCCAAGGGCCUGGACUGAUAUUUCGCGAACACGGCCAUCCUCUAGCCUACGCUCUUGCGAUCACAAAUCCUUCGACGACCCCUAUGCUGCGUGCCCUGGUUAUGACCAUUCAAGCGCAAAUCCUGCGAACGCUUCUUUUCGAUUCGGCCAUCCUCAAAUUACCAAAAACGUGCAAUCCGUUGAUGCCAACCACUGUUACGAUACAACAAGAGGCUCUAGCCUGCGCUAUCGCCAAUAUAAUCUGGAAAGCAGGAAACGGUCAAUCAGCUAUUCUCUGUCUGCCACAAGCCAACGUCGUCCACGUCGUUGGAUCACCACAGUUCAACGAAGAUGGACUCACUGAAAAGUUGCAACUAUGUCCCAUGAGCAGAAUCGAAGAUUUACAUCAAACGGUUCGGCGUAACAUUCAUGUGUUUCAAGAAGAUCCUGGACCAGCAUUGAUGCUGAUUUUGUACAGUGCCAUUUUAACUAGAGGCGUUGAACAAGUGACUGAAGACUUGGGAAAGCCAACGGGAGGCGACGGUAUCCUGACACCUGUUAAAUGUUUGCUGAACAUAAACGGAAGUAUUUCGUUUAGCCCAAUCAGCUUGUUUGUUCUGGGACGAGCCAGUCCCUUCUUGCACAACGGAGUUCAAUAUCAAGAGGACGGGCAAGGUUGCACAACUGAAGAAACUGGAGUGCUGAUACGCUCAUCGAUUGGUUUACUUGUUUGGAUGGGCAAUGAAGCGAAAACGUCGACUUACAACGUCGGUUCAAGACUCAAAACACCAACAGUGCCUAUUUGGAUCGUCAUCGCUUCUGAACAAAGUGGAGUUUUGUUUGGUGAAGAUAAAGUAAUUCUUAGAGACCACCAAGCGGAAAACAGGUUCCAAUUAUAUUACCACACCUCGACAUUUCAUCAGCAGAAUCCAAUGAUCUUGAAAAUUAACAAUCGCUCCAGAGAUGAUUCUAUUAUUGACGCUCCCGUUCCAACGCUAGAAAAACUAAUCAGAACCAAGUGGGGAGAUGCCCGUAUCGACUGGGGCGGCGUAGAACCAUUCGUAUGAAUCUGGGCGGAACUUCGGUUAUAGAUGAAUUCUUGAUUGUUAAGAGGGCCAUUUGGCUGUGGAUUGUUGUAGCAUAGAGUACCUUAGUAAAAGUUUGCAUUCGACAGAUUAUUUGUACUAUUUAUAGAGCUUUCUGUUUGAUAUACACGACGACUUGGCAAUA